CGGGAACAAGAAACUAAAGGAAUGACCUGUGUCGUCAUGUGUGCGUCAAGGCUGACAGUGUGCUUUCUUGAAUUGCCUGUAUACGAUUUUUAAACGUGUGGAGUACAUAUAGGUUAAUUUGUUCCUGUCUGUAAUUAUUUUGAAAGGUAUACCCCCUGGAGACAAAGACAGACAUACAAGGGCACAAUGGAUGUGCUGAAAAGACCCCCUGUUGCCGAGGACAUGGUGCAGUACCGCCUGUUUCUGGCCCAGCCCAAUGCUUGUGAUCCUCAAGCCGCUCAGCAGCUUCUGCAGCAGGAUGUGGAGAGGAUUCUGGUGCAGUUUGCGCCUCUGCUCGUGCAGUACAUCUGGCAAAACCAACCUUUUAACAUCAAAUAUGUUCCCGAAAAAGCUGGUGUUCCUGCUCACAUUGGGGGUUCCACACAAUUUGGGGACAAUGUGGAAGAUGAAUGGUUCAUUGUGUAUCUUAUACAGGAGAUCACCCGAACCUUCCCUCACCUGGCUGCCAGGAUUGAGGACAAUGACGGAGAAUUCUUGCUGAUAGAAGCAGCUGAGCACCUUCCCCGAUGGCUGAAUCCAGAGAGCAGUGAAAACAGAGUAUUUCUUUACCGGGGUGAGCUGCACAUCAUCCCUGCACCCCAGGACCCUGGGGAGGAGGGGUGGCCCCCUGAUGCCACACCCACCUUGCCCCAGGCGCUGGCCCUCCUAUCCUCACAGCCUGAGACCUGUCUGGCUGCCCAACCCACCCGCACUGCUGUGGCCAAGAGAGUGAAGGGGUACCCAGGAAGGAUUCAGGCCAACCUGCACCGUGCUCACUGUGUUGUGCCGGCCGCCAUCGCGUCUGUGCUGGCACGGCGUCCAGAUCUUGUGGCCCCGGCAGUGACGGCAUUUUACCUAAGAGACCCUCUGGACCUGUGCGCCUGUCGGACUUUCCAAAUCUUCCCGCCAGAUCCAUGUGUCUUGACCUCGGUGACAUUCACACGGUGUCUGUAUGCCCAGCUGGAGCAGCAGCGUUUCACUCCCGACCGCCGCAGCGGCUUCGCCUUGCCCCCCCGCUCACACCCUCAGUACCACGCCCGUGAGCUGGGCAUGAAGCUGGCCCAUGGCUUCGAGAUUCUGUGCUCCAAGUGCAGGCAGCCAUUGCCAGGAUCAGACACCCCCGUGACUUCUAACCCUCUUUGGAGAGCAUUCCUCGACAGCCUGAAAAAGAACAACUUUUUCAAAGGAGAGUUGGAGGGCUCUGCAAUGUACAGGGAGCUGAUGACCAAAGCGGAGAGCUUCUUUAAACAGUCGGUGACCAUCCCACAAAGCUCCACAGAGCUGUCCUCAGGGGAGCAGGUGCUGCAGGUCCUGAGAAGCUGCCAGUAUAACUUGGAAGAACUGAGAGAGCAGGAGAGCCAUCUGCCUCCCGAGGACAGUGACAGCUGGAUGGAAAUCUCCCCGGAGAAGCUUGACCGGCUGCUAGAGGAGACAGCAGGCCAUGCUGCAGGUUGCUUGGGUCCCGACCAGGUGGCAGGGGGGCAGCAGGAGUCCGGGAGGAAGGAAGAGGCAGACUAUAGCCUAGUUGCGGUGACAAAGAGCAUGAAGGCCUUCAUCAACAAGGUGUCCACGCAUGAGGGGGCUGAGCUGCCCUGGUCCCACUCUGAUCCACCUUUCAAAUUUGAUGCAAACUCCAUGGCCAGUGCUUUGGAAAGCCUUAUUGGGAGUGCUGGUGAUGAGGAGCUCGACUCUGAUGACCUUGAGGACAGUGAUAUAGAUGAAAAGUUUGAUAGUGAAGAUGAUGAGGAGCCUAAAGAAGAUGGGCUUCCAGGUGAAGGAGCAGCGGGAGGGGGGGCGAGACACCUGGGCAUCCUGAGAAGGUACAUGGAGCAGAUGGACCAGGAGCUGGCAGGGACACACAUCGGGCACAGCUUCACUCAGGCAAACCAUGCGGGUGGCAGCACCACAGACCCUGCCAAAGGCUCCCCAGCUGCUGCCAACAGAAGUAGCUGCCAAACUGAGGAGGACACAGUACCACUGGAUGUGGAUCUUAACCUCGUGACAAACCUGUUGGAGUCCCUCAGCUCCCAGGCUGGACUGGCCGGGCCUGCAUCUAAUCUUCUCCAGAGCAUGGGGAUACACCUGCCCCCCAACACUGAUCACACCUGACAAGUUCAUCCAGCACAAUCCCCACCUGACACAUUGUUUGUCUGAAAUAGUGUUCCAUUUUCUCAAACACAGACCUCACCUAAAGCAGCUUUCACCUCAACAAACCAACACUGAGUCACCAGAUUUCUUUCAUCUUAGAUUACAUCCACCUAUUAAAACGAGAGCUUAACUACAUUGCUUGGGCCACAUCUCAGGACAGGCCUUUACUGUUUAUCUGUGUGGAGGAGUGGCGAGGCACAUCUAUGCUGUGAUCCUCUCAGCUAAGCAUACUGAUACCCUUAGAAACCUUUCUGUCAUUAGGACAACACUGAAAAGCCCUUUGACAGCUACAGAUAACAAAAAUGACAAUUGUGCAGCAGCCAAGGAUUGUAAUUUCAACAGGAGGUUUAAAGAAUAUGGAUACUGUAUAUAUUUUUUCAAUAAAAUCUGUGAAAUCAAUUGCAUUA